GGGCGGAGCCGGCCAGGAGGCAACAGGCCGCGGACCGGGCCUUCCCCUACCACCACCCCCAGGGACCGGGCAGGGGGGCAGAGGGCAGAGGUCAGAGGGCAAGGACCGGCCUGUGCGCUGACCACCACCGGGUGGGUGAGCCGGAGGCGGGCCCCCCACUCCGAGGGCGGCCCUCUCUGGUGCCCAAUUGUACCUUGUCAGCGCCCCGUAAAUGCGAUUGAAUACUAAUAAUGGCAUUUGUUCAGCGCUUCCUAGGUGCAGAGCACUGCUCUAAGCGCUGAAUGACCGAGAGGGGAACUCGACUGAGCGACUAAGGGGGUGGCGAUGGGGGGUCCGGGGGUCGGGCCCGUCCUGGCCGGGGUCCUGGCCUUGUGCUGCUGGUGCUGCCCCCCGGGCCGGGCCCUGCCGCCCCCCGGGCUGGCGGCAGCCGGCCCCUGGCUGCAGCGGGCCCUGCCCCGGCUGGGGGCCCUGACCGGCUGGCACAACCUCAGCUGCCCGGUCUGCCGAGCCCUGUUCGGCGCCCUGGACGUGAGCCUGGAGAUGGAGGCCAACGUGGAGCGGGUCGGGGCGCUGGCCACGCUGCUGUGCGAGAAGCUGCGGCUGGCCCCGCCCGCCGUGUGCCAGUCCAUCGUGCGGGUCUUCGAGGGCGACGUGGUGGCGGCCUGGACCCGCUCGGUGCUGAGCCCGCCGGAGGCGUGCGGGCUGCUGCUGGGCCGGGCCUGCGGGCGGUGGACCAUCUUCACACCUUGGAACGUGUCCCUGCCCGGCACGCCGAAGCCGCCGCCGCGGCCCCCGGCGCCCCCGGCCCCCGGCGCCCCGGUGGGCCGCGUGCUGUUCCUCACCGACCUGCACUGGGACCACGACUACGAGGAGGGGGCCGAGCCGGCCUGCCCCGACCCCCUGUGCUGCCGCCGGGGCUCCGGCCGCCCGCCGCCCUCCCUGCCGGGCGCCGGGCGCUGGGGGACCUACGGCAAGUGCGACCUGCCCCUGCGGACGCUGGAGAGCCUGCUGGCCGGCCUGGGCCCCGCCGGGCCCUUCGACCGCGUCUACUGGACGGGGGACCUCCCGGCCCACGACGUGUGGCGGCAGACGCGGCGGGACCAGCUGCGGGCCCUGGACACCCUCACGGGGCUGGUGCGCAAGUACCUGGGGCCCGUGCCCGUCUACCCGGCCGUGGGCAACCACGAGAGCGUGCCCGUCAACAGCUUCCCGCCGCCCUUCGUGCUGGGCAACCGCUCCGCGCGCUGGCUCUACGACGCCAUGGCCGACGCCUGGGAGCCCUGGCUGACCCCCGACGCCCUGCGCACCCUCAGGUUCGGGGGCUACUACGCCCUGACUCCCUGCCCCGGCCUCCGCCUCAUCUCCCUCAACAUGAACUUCUGCUCCCGGGAGAACUUCUGGCUGCUGAUCAACUCCACGGACCCGGCCGGGCAGCUGCAGUGGCUGGUGGGCGAGCUGCAGGCCGCCGAAGACCGAGGGGACAAGGUCCACAUCAUCGGUCACAUCCCCCCCAGCCACUGCCUGAAGAGCUGGAGCUGGAACUACUACCGCAUUGUGGCCAGGUACGAGAACACGCUGGCCGCCCAGUUCUUCGGCCACACGCACGUGGAUGAGUUCGAGAUCUUCUACGACGAGGAGACGCUGAGCCGCCCCGUGUCCGUGGCCUUCCUGGCACCCAGCGCCACCACGUACAUAAACCUGAACCCCGGGUACCGGGUGUACGAGGUGGACGGCCCCUACCCGGGCAGCUCCCACGCCGUGCUGGACCACGAGACCUUCAUCCUCAACCUGACCCUGGCCAACGCCCCGGGGGCCGGACCCCGGUGGGAGAGCCUCUACCGCGCCCGCCGGACCUACGGGCUGCCGGACGCCCUGCCCGCCGCCUGGCACGACCUGGUCUACCGCAUGCGUGGGGACGAGCGGCUCUUCCAGACCUUCUGGUUCCUCUACCACAAGGGCCACCCGCCCAGCACCCCUUGCGAGGGCCCCUGCCGCCUGGCCACGCUGUGCGCCCUGCUCACGGCCCGCCCGGACAGCCCCGCCCUGUGCCGCCACUUGGAUCCCGGCCUGCCCUUCCCGCGCAUCCAGAGCCUGUGGCGCCAGCGGCGGCUCUGCUAGGGCCCCGGGCCGCGGGCACCGGACCGGCGUCGGCGACGGAGUGGGCCGGCCGUGGCCGCUUCCCGUCCCCUCGAGGCCACGGCCGAGGCCGGGCCGGGAGGAAAGGAGGGAAGGCUCCGGGGUCCGCUGUCCCGCCGUCGGAGGCGACGAGAGUGGUUCGCAGCGGCCUUGAUUUUAGGAGAGCAGGGAAGGGAAAGGGCUGUGCCCUGCCCCGUGAGAGCUCCAAAAUAAACGUGUGAUACAGCCA